UUGACGUGGUGGUGGGGGAGGACGAUCUUGAACAACUAUUCAAUUCGUUUCUUCGCUACAGUCCUUCGUAAUUGUCUUGCUGUAGGUGCUAAGUAUAUGUACUGCAGUUAGCAAUUUAUACUGCAGAAGAGAAGCACGCUUUCGACGAAUUAAUUUGAGAUGAAGCAAUUGAUUAUUAUAUUAUCCACGUUGUUGCACAUACAUGCACAACAGGACAAGGUACAAGUUGCCAUAGAUAAGAUCUUUACUACAUCUACUGGAAAUUACUUUGAUCAAUAUGAAGAAGUAACGUCUCCAAGAAAUGACGGUUUUGGGGCCGAGCAAAAAUGUGGACAAGGUUCGGAUGAAGGGGUUCAUCGCUGCGUGCGAUACUUCAACUGCGAUGGUGAAACGCGGACCAUAAUCCCAAGUGAAGAGUACGAUGGUACAGGAUUGAUUGAUAUCAGAUUUGGUAACAACAACUGUGAUGAUUACCUUGAUGUAUGCUGCCAAAUUCCUGCCGACGGUAAAAUUCCUCCCGAGGUUACAUCUCCUCCUGAUGUUACUCCAAUGACGCCGACUCUACCUCCGGAUCAACCGAGUUUCUGCGGUAUUAGAAAUCCUAACGGAGUCGGUUUCAAAAUCACUGGAAAUAGCAACAACGAAGCUGAAUAUGGCGAGUUCCCGUGGAUGUUGGCGAUUUUGAACAAGAAUCCAGGACCCGACGGGCUUUCAUCGAUUUGCGGCGCCUCUUUGAUCGCACCUAAUGUUGUGCUCACUGGAGCGCAUUGCGUUCAAAAUGUGAGAAGUAGUGACAUAAAGGUUCGUGCCGGAGAAUGGGACACGCAAACCGAAAGUGAGAGAUAUGCCUAUCAAGAGAGAGAGAUUCAGCAAAUAGUAAUCCACGAGGGUUACAAAUCUAACAACUUAUUUAAUGACGUUGCUUUAAUCGUUCUCAACAGACCCUUCGACAAAGCAGCCCACAUUGGCACAAUUUGUUUGCCACAUCAAGGAGUUGUGGUUAAUUCUAGGAACUGUUUCGUUAGCGGAUGGGGAAAAGAUGUAUUUGGUAAAAAAGGCAGAUUUCAAGUAAUACUUAAAAAGAUUGAACUACCCACUGUGUCGAAAGGUAAAUGUGAAGAAAAUUUGCGUAAGACCAGGCUUGGUGCUAAGUUUGUACUUCAUCAAUCAUUUAUGUGUGCUGGAGGGGAAAGUGGAGUAGAUGCGUGCACAGGUGACGGAGGUGGUCCAUUGGUGUGCCCUGACCCUAGUAAUCCAAAACGGUAUGUACAAGCCGGCAUUGUCGCGUGGGGAAUUGGAUGUGGACAACGAGAUGUUCCCGGAGUGUAUGUUGAUGUCUCGCGAUUUAGAGGAUGGAUUGAUGGACAUAUGACCCGACUUAACUUGGAUACUGCCCCUUAUAAUUUAUAAUUUUUUUUAACUAUUUUUGUAUCUCGAAAUUUUGCAUUAGAAAAAAUUGUAAUGUAAA